ACAGACGGACUGGCAGGCUGUUUAUUUCUGUGAACUCUGAACAGGUACAAGGGUACUGGAUACUUUUAUAUUCAACUAACAAACUAAAUACAUGUCUCAAAUGCAUGUAGAUGGACAUGACAGCCUUGUGGGUUUACAAUUCAAUUGCUGUAACCGAGUAACUGACAGUAUUUUUCAGCUAAUUUGAAAGUGAAAGCAAGUUGUGUAAACGGCUAGUCAGUAAGUAUUCGGUAUACAGUCUACUAUGGCAUCAAAAUCUUUUUCCGAAGAGGACUUCACCUGUCCUGUGUGCUGUGAUAUCUUCAAGGACCCUGUACUACUGUCAUGUAGUCACAGCUUUUGUAAAGUCUGUCUACGGCAGUUCUGGGAAGCUAAAGGAUCCAGAGAAUGUCCAGUCUGCAGGAGAAGGUCAUCAAAGAGUCAUCCUCCUUGUAAUCUCCAUUUAAGGAAUCUGUGUGAGAGCUACUUACAGGAGAGAAAUCAGAGGGCUUCAGCAGGGUCUGAGGUGCUCUGCAGUCCGCACAGUGAGAAACUCAAGCUCUUCUGUCUGAAUGAUAAACAGCCUGUGUGUGUGGUGUGCAGAGACUCCAAAAAACACACCAACCACAAGUUUCAACCUGUUGAUGAGGCAGCACUUGACCGUAAGGAGAAACUUAAGAUCAAACUGCAGCCCUUACAGAAGAAACUGAAGACCUUUGAGAAGACUAAAGUCACCUGUGAUCAAACAGCAGAUCACAUCAAGACUCAGGCCCUAAACACAGAGAGGCAAAUCAAGGUGGAGUUUGAGAAGCUUCACCAGUUUCUACGAGAUGAAGAGGCAGCCAGGAUAGCUGCACUGAGGGAGGAAGAGGAGCAGAAGAGUCAGUUGAUGAAGGAGAAGAUUGAGAAGAUGAGCAGAGAGAUCUCAUCUCUUUCAGACUCAAUCAGAGCCAUAGAGAAGAAGAUGAGAGCUGAUGACAUCACAUUCCUGCAGAACUACAAGAGCACAGUGGAAAGAGCCCAGUGCACACUGCAGGAUCCAGAGAGGGUUUCAGGAGCUCUGAUCAAUGUGGUAAAGCACCUGGGCAACCUGAAGUUCAGAGUCUGGGAGAAGAUGCAGGAGACUGUUCAGUACACUCCUGUGACUCUGGAUCCCAACACUGCAAAACCCAAUCUCAUCCUGUCUGAGGAUCUGACCAGUGUGAGACGUGGUGAUGAGGAGCAGCAGCUUCCUGAUAACCCAGAGAGAUUUGAUGAGUAUCACAGUGUACUGGGCUCUGAGGGCUUUAACUCAGGGACUCACUGCUGGGAUGUGGAGGUUGGAGAGAGCACAGGGUGGGAUGUGGGUGUGAUGACAGAGUCUCUCCAGAGGAAGGGAAGCUACUACUCCAUGAGUGGACUGUGGUUUGUGAGGUAUACUGGUGCUGUAUAUGGAGCACGUGCUGCGCCACAGCCCGCCACUCUCCUCACAGUGCAGCAGAAACUCCAGAGGAUCAGAGUGCAGCUGGACUGGGACAGAGGAGAGCUGUCAUUCUCUGACCCUGAUAACAACACACACAUACACACUUUCACACACACUUUCACUGAGAGAGUGUUUCCAUACUUUAAUACUUUAUUACCUCUGAGGAUCUCACCAGUGAAGACUGCAGUUACUGUAGAGCAGCUCAGGUAGAGUCCACACAAGUGCUGCUGGUUUGGGCUGCUGGAUGUAGAUGGAGGAAAACACAUGAGCUCAGCAUUGAUGCCCAAUUGAUGUUUGGCACACAAUUAUUUUCAAUUUAAUUGUAUAGUUAUAUAGCCAUUGUAUAGUAGUUGUUUGUACUUUCACAUUUUAUCUUCAUCUUUCAUCUAUUUUCAUUUCAUUAAAAGCAGUCUGUUAUUCUGUAUGGAAUGUUAUUAGUGGUGUAUCAGUGCAGCACUGAUCCUCCACAGAUACAUGGCAGGAUGGAUGGAUGGAUGGAUUGAUGGAUGGAUGGAUGGAUAGAUGGAUGGAUGGAUGGGGUGCAUGUGCAGCAUACAGAGCACACGCUCCUCCUCAUGCCUCCACUCUCCUCACAGUGCAGCGGAAACUCCAGAGGAUCAGAGUGCAGCUGGACUGGGACAGAGGAGAGCUGUCAAUCUCUGAUCCUGACAAUAACACACACCUACACACUCUCACACACACUUUCUCAGGUUUACACAUGUGAUCUCUGGCCACCUGCUGUGUGGUUGUCACUGUUUUGAAUGUUUGUAAAGGGCUAAAGGUUUAGACACAUGUAACAAGAGUAGCUUUAGUUGCCAUAGAAACAGUAUGGAACACUAAAGUAAUUUAACUCACGUCAUACCUGAGUGCUG